CAUAAUGUCGAAACUGGGCUACCUCCGAUUGCUAGGUUACGUGACCACACUAACUAUGCACAUAGGCAAUUUAGUGUACGUAGGAAUGAAUCUGACAGAAGAUGUUCUGGAAGACAAGAGAGUAAGAAUUUUUGGUGAGACGAGAAGAAGAUAUUUCACCUGCUGGACUUUCUUCCUUCACAUGAUAUACGCCAUAGUUGGGUUAACCUGCGAAAUCUUGCUAAUAAUGAACAGUAAUAUAAAGAACUACAGCCUUCCCAAACACUUGAAAGGAUGUAGAGAUACUAUGUUUGCCGCUCUACUAUGGCCGGCUUCUCUGCUCGUGUUCACAGUAUUCUGGUCCCUAUUCCUAUACGACCGAAGCCUCAUUUUCCCUGACUUCAUCGACAAGGUGCUCACGCCCACAUCUAACCACAUCAUGCACACGGCGAUCGUGCCGACGGUGCUGUGGGAGAUAUUGCUACAGCCGAGAUUCGAACCCAGGUCCCAUGUGAAGAAUGUGGCGCAUCUGGUUGUUUACAUGUUGGUGUAUUUGGGAGUGUUCAUCUAUACCUACAUCGAGCGAGGUAUAUGGUUAUACCCCAUAUUCAAGAAGUUAUACGGAACGAUAUAUUUCCCUGUAACUAUGUUGAUAAUUUUCGUUCUUUUAUUGAUAUUUUAUCGCAUUCAAUGGAGAAUUUCCUAUUUAAUCUAUGGUAAGGAGAAAACGAAAAAAGAAAAGGCUAAAAAAAUACGUUAAUUAGUAAUAAGCGAUUUAGUAGUU